AAAAAAAAGUUAAAUUUCUCGGCGGCCGCUCCACCGAGCCGUCACGGAGGAGGAGGGAGACGAGGGAUUUUCCCACUCGCCGGAAUUCCAAAACCCCAAACCCUCUCCCCAUCUCCAUCUCCGGUGUGGGGGCGGCAAUGGCGGCGGAGGAGGACAGCCCGGGGUAUGCGCUGCGCGCGACGCUGGCGGGGCACCGCCGCGCGGUGUCCGCCGUCAAGUUCUCCCCGGACGGCCGCCUCCUCGCGUCGGCGUCCGCCGACAAGCUGCUCCGCGUCUGGAGCACCUCCGACCUCUCCCCCGUCGCGGAGCUCGCGGGGCACGGGGAGGGGGUGUCCGACCUCGCCUUCUCCCCCGACGGCCGCCUCAUCGCCUCCGCCUCCGACGACCGCACCGUCCGCAUCUGGGACCUCGGCGACGGCGGCGAGCCCCGCCUCAUGAAGACGCUGACCGGACACACCAACUACGCCUUCUGCGUCGCCUUCAGCCCCCACGGGAACAUGCUCGCCUCGGGCUCCUUUGACGAGACGGUGCGCGUGUGGGAGGUCAGGUCGGGGAGGUGCCUCCGCGUGCUGCCGGCCCACUCCGAGCCCGUCACCGCCGUCGACUUCAACCGCGACGGGGCCAUGAUUGUGUCCGGGAGCUACGACGGCCUCUGCCGCAUAUGGGACUCCGCCACCGGCCACUGCAUCAAGACUCUCAUCGACGACGAGAGCCCGCCGGUGUCCUUCGCCAAGUUCUCGCCCAACGGGAAGUUCGUGCUUGCGGCCACUCUUGAUAGCAAGCUGAGGCUCUGGAAUUUUUCAGCUGGGAAAUUUCUCAAGACAUACACUGGCCAUGUGAACACAAAAUACUGCAUUCCAGCAGCAUUUUCAAUCACCAAUGGCAAGUAUAUUGUCAGUGGCUCAGAGGAUAAGUGUGUCUACAUAUGGGAUCUUCAAACAAGAAAGAUUUUGCAGAAAUUGGAAGGUCAUACAGACACAGUCAUCGCCGUGUCAUGCCACCCCAAUGAAAACAUGAUUGCAUCAGGAGGACUUGACAGCGAUAAGACAGUGAAAGUAUGGGCCCAAAAGGAAGAAGAUCAAAUGGAAAUCUAAGUUGAAGGACUCAUACAUUGAGCUUACCAUCUCACCAUGUUCAACCAUCACUUAACCCUGAGACAAAAGCAACUUCGUCCACUUUCUAUAAUGGUAGUAAAAUGACAGCACGAAAAUGUGCUUUCUUGCUACUGCUAACUUGACAAAGUAUCAUGCUGUGUCUGCCUUGCCGGCUUGCGGAUUAGCAGUCUCAUGAAUUCAGAUCAAUUGUGUAUGGUUGUUCCUGAACACAAACAGUGUUCUUUUUUUGGGUACCAUUUCAUUGGGCACCUA